CUCGAACGAUUUUUCGGUCCGGCGUGACAAAAACCAGUACGCUGCAAUGGUGAUGUGUACUGCUUGCCGAUCAAUACUUUUUUUUGCGACGCAGAAGCGCACCUUCCUGUCGUGAUGAAAUUUUCAGAAGCAGAACCUUUGUCAAGGUAGCAGUUUUCAAUAUUCUCUCCAGGACUAGCUACGUGUAGUUUCUCCAAUAGUAGAAGUCGUGUGCUGAAUACGUAAAAGUCCCAGCUUUGAAUUCGUUUAUGUGUAUUUUCGGUCGUAGUUUCCAUCCUCGGGAACAUUCGCUUUCAACAUCGCUUCUUCUUCUGCACAAGAAUACCAAGACGUGAUGACAUAACCAUAAGUGUUGGCACUAGACAAAGAUAUAUGUGAACAAAAAUGCGGAGAACAUUCGGUUCGUUGCAGAGGGCUGUUCAGCUCGGCGUGCUGCGACGACGCCCCAAGACUGCGGCUUCAUCUUCAUGUCGCGGAAAAAUACAGGACCGGCUUGGGGAUGCUUGUUUACCACGAUCAUUUAGGUCAGGUUGUAUUGCUGCAUGUUCCUAUGGGGCGCGUCAAUUAGAACUACGUGCUUGUCAUUUACAACAAGGAGCGGCGGCGCGCACGUUCUUUGACUACACUACCAGCCGAGCCUUUGCGUCGUCUUCUACGACGCCCAGCACUACAUCACGGCCGAACACUGGUCCUCGUAACAAAGGAAAAGCGUCUGCUGCUGUCGCUCCACCGCCGCCACCGGUACUAGAAAAUACAGACAAUCUAAGAAGUACUACUACAUCUGCAGCAGCUAAUAUCGGGAAGAAAGCAGCGAGUCACACGGCAUCUUCGCGCAGUGAAAGUCUCUCCACAGGAGAGGACGCAGUUGUUAGAAGUGGUGCUUCUCCACCACGACCACCUGUUAGUACAACUUCCGCGACUGGAAGCAAGGAGUCCUCCGCGAGUGUGAACAACAAGGCGGUGCCAGUAGUACCAGAGGACGCGGCGCAGCGGACGACUGCUGGCGCAGGAGCUGCACCUGCGAAGAAGGAAUUAUCGGCUGACCACAGUAGGAUGGUUUUCAGCGCUGCAAUUGCAAACGGGAUAAAGUCCACCUCUGUAGUGGAUGGGGCAACAGGAAGAGUUGCAGAUAUUAGUCGAGCUGGAAUCAAAGCAGGAGACGGUGCAGAAAUAAAACAAAGUUCUACUACAACAACGACCUCCGAGAGUGCGGACGAACAGAGCACAUCCUCCGUGGCAGCUGCGCCGAGCACACGAGGACCUCCGACUGAAUCGUUGGAAAGCUCUGGCGGUACGUCUGGUGCGACGACCGCGAGGACAGACCCUAGUUUGCGGCGACCAGACAGUGCAACUACAGCCGUGUCGUGGUCUACCGAGGAACAACGGGAUGUUGAAAGUGCUUCUACCGCACAGAAGAUGAAGAAAACACCGGAGGAACAAGUCGGCAAGCGAAUCGACAGCAUAACUACAUCCAGUUUUGGCGCAGUAGACAAAGCUGUUGAAAAUAAAGGGGACAACAACUACAUUGACGUCGGACCCGCGUCAACCACAACUUCUACAGCCGGAAAAAGUUGUGCUGCACCUGCUGGAAGUACAAGUAGUGCAAGUCCCUCGUCUUCGACACAUACGACAACAACUUCUGUUUCUUCCAGCAAAAAUAACGAAAAUUCCUCCGCGAAAAAAGAACCCCCAUGUCGUGAACAAGAGGAUGACCCCGCGCCGGCCCCGCCUCGACUACCCCCCUACAACCGAAACUACGACUGGCGCAGCAAACUGUGGCAGGUGCACGACUUUACCCACGGCAGUACGUCCUACCACGAACGGCUCGGCCCGUACUUAGAUACCGUGCACCAAAUCGAGAACCUGCAGCGCAUGAAGGCCUUUUUUCAGACCAUCCAGCCGAUUGCGUAUAAUGUGAUCAAAUUCAUCUUGUGGCUCCAGUCCCGCGCGGGGCAGAUGCGACCAGAGCAGGAUGUCUUGAUUUUGGAGAAUUGGUAUGCGCCGAAAGAGAUGGAAAACCACUGCAACACCGCUUACAAAGAGUUGUUGAGACGAGGCUACGAGAAGGAUUUCACGGAGAUCUACAAUUUGGUAAAUUCCGAGAUGGAAAAGCACGCCAUGUUUUCUUCUAGUAGUGCAACAGGAUCUGCGUCAUCUUUCCAGCCUGACCAGCAUGUUGACAAAGUUAGUGGGACUACAGGAGCCCCGGCUACUACUCCUACUGCUCCCGCCUCCGCCGGCCACAGCCACUCAAGUAGAACUACUGCAGCCUCGUCAUCUUCCCCCGCUCCCGAGCUUUUUGAAGAAAAUUUGUACCUGCUGAAGGAAGGAGGCUUCUUGGACGGAAGCUACUUGAAACGAAGCUCUGGUCGUGGGUUGCAGUCGCUUUUCGGAAAUAAAAAUCACAGUGCCACGGAUGGUGGAGGGCUGGGAAGCGGGUCCUCUUCCUUGCAAGAAGCUUUGGAAAAGGCGUUCUCCUCAUCGGCAUCUCGUCCCGGGACGACUGGAGAAUCUUCAGCAUCGAAUAAAACCGACAUCAAGACAAAGGAAACCAAAUCCGAUGAAGAUUCAGCGGACAGCUCAUCAUCGUCUCAGAGCGGAACUACAAAUAACAAGGAUCAUCCGACAGAAAGCAAGAGCAAAGCGGCAGGUGAUGCAGCUGGUGGAGAUGAAAAAAACUCAUCUUCGCCAGAACCAAAGCACUGGCACUGGCGAUUCGGACCCAUUGAGAUUGAGUUUAAAUCAACGAUAGAAGACACAAGCUCGUCGGGAAACAAGAACAUGAAGCCCGAUAAUGACACCAGUAAUUCAUCUUCUACAGAGGAGCCGCAGAACAAAGAGCCUCCGACUACUUUUCUAGGCAAGAAAAAGCUGUCAACCAUCCUCCCCACAGAAAAGGCGACGGAUAGUGCAACUGCUGCAGGGGCGGCUGCUACUGGGGAGAAAAGUACAUCAAACCUGGAAAGUGCAAGUUCUUCUUCAUCUUCUGAUAGCAGUUCGACAACAAACGCAGAAGAUGCAGAAAAAACCAGUACCACGGCGACAGCACAAGACAAACGAAACCGAAAAGACACAAGUAUUAAAACCGCUUCAUCACCUACAGGAGCCGGUUCCGCCUCUAAAGGUCUCCAGGGAGAGGACGGAAACAGCACAACCAGCAUGAAUAAAAACAGCAAUAAAACCACAACCUACGAGUUCGAGACCGAGGUCCGGUUCCGGUCGAUCAAGGGCCCAAUCAUCUUCCACGCUUUUGAGGAGCCGCAGAAGUAUCCCUUACCGCAGGACGUCGCAAAUUUGAUGGAAAACGACGUGGACCUGCAUCUAGAUUUGGACGCAAUCGCAAGAGUGAUCAAGACAGACCAUAUUAACAGCACAGAAAAAUUAUCCGAUUCUGCCACUUCUACUGCUGCGCCGUCCGGGACCACUGAAGUAGUACCCUCAUCGAGGGAAAUGAAGCAACAAUCAUCUUCAAGCACCAGCUGCAGCACGAAGACGAUAUCAACCAGCCGCACGUCGAUCUACGAGCGAACCGACCAGCUGCGGUUGAGUUGCAAGUUCAACCUGCGCGAGGGGAUUUCCGAUCGGAAUGGGUUUAGGCUGUCGCAUAUGCAGUGCAAAAGUAUCGUACUCGUAUGAAUGCAUUACAAAUUUCCUCAGCAUGAGAAAUAAAAUUUGCGAUGGUGAUUGUCCUUCACAAAAAGAUUUGUAAUGCAUGAAAGAUUGCCAUACGAGUGCGAUACUUUUGCACAGGAUAUCGCAGUGGCAAAAUCUGUCGCUGCAGAAGUUGUCUUGAUAAGUGGGAUCUUUCAUUCUUGUUCUCUCUGGCAGAAUUGAGAUGCUGUCCUGUGACGAAACUGAGUUCAUGGAACCAAUAAAAACCAGGAAUAUCUGAAGAACUCAUUAU